AUGUAUUCUUCGGCAAAGCUUGUUGCACUCGCAGCCGCCCUCCCAGCGGCUAUGGCCUGCCUGGGCUAUGAUGGAGGCCUUCCCACGGCUUCUGGAAGCAAAUCUCUCACUGCUCCUCAGUACAUCAAAGCCGGCCAGACCUUCGACGCGGGUUGGGUUAAGUACGAUCGUGGUUCGGGCGCUUGCAGUGGCCAAAGCGAAGGUGGAGAGAAGGACACAGUCUUCGUGCUCGAGGAUGGUGCCACGCUUAAGAACGUCAUCAUCGGAAAAGAUCAGGCCGAGGGUGUCUACUGCUUGGGAUCUUGCACCCUGGAGUAUGUGUGGUUCGAGGAUGUCUGCGAGGACGCUAUUUCCAUCAAGGGUGAUGGCACUGCCAACAUCAUCGGUGGUGGUGCUUAUGGUGCCAGUGACAAGGUGAUCCAGCACAAUGGAUGUGGUUCCGUCAACAUUAUCAACUUCUACGCUGAGGACUACGGCAAGGUCUACCGUUCUUGCGGCAACUGCAAGAACAACUGUGGCCGGACAGUCCACAUGGAGGGAACCACAGCCGUCAACGGUGGCGAGCUCAUGGGCAUUAACACCAACUACGGUGACAAGGCCACCUACUCCAACAACUGCUACGACAGCGGCGUGACUCAAUGCCAGGCAUACACAGGAUGCGACAAAUCCGAGGGUGACUGCGAGGCCAGCAAGUCCGGCAAGUGCUAG